AUGGCUAUCGCCCUACGCCAUGGUGGAAGGGACGUUGGCGUCGCUCCGUCGUCGUAUAUAGAGAAGUCUGGACCUUGGUACCCUUAUAUGCCUCCUUACGGCGGGGUGUAUCCCUAUGGGAUGCCCAAUUAUUAUCCGUCGAUAUACGCUGGUGUGCCAGCGCCGCAGUACCAACCUCCGCCCGUCAUGGGACAGGACCCGGGUUCGAUUCCUGGUUACGGUACCUCUCUUCCGGCUGCUUUCCCUCAGCCAAAUAUGGUAGCACUUAUACCAUCCCUCCGCCACAAAGCAUUUACUAUUACAUCCCAGGCUCCCAUCCCUCCUCAAGCGUCACCAUACUUCCCUCCUACCUCUCAACAGCAGCCGCCCCCUGUGCCCCAGUGGCCUCCAGCCCCCCAUCUGCCAGACGCUGGGCCUACCCCAACAGCAAUGGGAGUUGAUGACUCCUCUGUCGCGGGCUCGAACGCUGUGCUGCCUGGUCGGGGUAGUAAGUCGUCGGAUGACAUAUUGGCGGUCUCUAGCGGAGCGAUGCUGAUUCCUGGUUCGGGGUCAGAUACUGCUGCAUUGGACCAGCGAGAGUUUUAUGCAACCACUACGACUGCAAUUCUUACCACGACUACCACUACGACUAGCUCUGUCGAUCCGUUGUCGGAAGUUCUGGCAGAAGCUGAGAGGAGGGUCACCGAGAGCUCCAAAGAGCUUGAGGAUAGGGCGAAGGCUGAGGCCGCUAAGUCCCCAGCUGACAUUAUGAAGGAGCUGCAACAGUUCACACCUGAGGGGCCGUCAACGACACCAUUCCCAGGGGCAAGGGCUGAAGGGCAGGCGUCGUCCCUUCCUCACUUCGACCAUGUGCCCAACUGGCGAGAUCUGCUCGGCCCUAGCCUCCAUUCGAACGUUUUCGGGGAGGUUCCUGACGACGGGUAUCAUAUCAGAGUUAAAGCACUAGAUGAUGACUCGUUUGCUGGAGAUGCGAGUGACGAUGGCUCAGAGCCGCCCUUUUGA